AAGGAUGUCGACUGUUGCAGAGCAGCCAAAGCAUUGCCCUGACUGUGGGGAGCUGUGCGGUUUUGGGGACGUCCCAAUAAAUCACAAGUGCCAAAUGAUCUGUCUGACCCCACGACGGAAGUCCGAGGGUGCCCUGAUGGCUCUUCCUGCCCAGACUCAGAUCUCGUCUUCCUUGCUGAACAGUGAGCUCAGCCAACCCUUACAUCUGGAUCUCAUGGAUACACUGAGCCUGACUCCUUCACCCACUCCUCCUCUUGCUCAGCUGCUUGUUCACCAGUGCGCUCCUUCACUCCUGUCCUCCUCUGCCUCUCCCUCCCUAAUUUCCUUCUCCAGGCCUGAGCGGGCACCAGUGAGCACACCAUGGCUGGCCAGGUUAGCCAUGGAGGCUGGUCUCCAGCAGCUGACCCUGGAGGUCCAGGAGCACGUGUCCAUGCGUCUGGGGACCUUGCAGGAAGAGGUGAAGAGGAGGAGUGGUGAAGUGCACAGGGCACGGAGGGAAAGUGAAAGAAUGGAAAAGGAAAAGCAGGAAGCGGAGGAAAAGGCGGCUAAGCUGGAGCACCAGGUGGAGGUUUCCGUGGAGAUGUUAGCCAGCCUGAGGCAGGAGCUGAUUGAGAGGGAAGAGGAGCUCAGCCUUAAACAGCAAGAGGUCUGUGAUUUAGACAGGUUUGUCCAAGAGACCGCUCUGAAGGAGGCGAGCGCCAAGGUCCGCCUGCAGAGAUUCAUCGAGAAUCUGUUGGAGCGGGCGGAGAGAGCCGAGCGACAGCUGCAGGAGCUGCACACGCCCUCGCACACACACACCGACGUCACAUCACCUGAUGGAUCCUUCACAGCUGCAGGAGGAUCGUUACAUGGGGGGAGCUACAGUGAAGCAGGGAUUUCGAGGUGCUGCUGUUCACAAUGUGAUCACACAGGAAGUCCAGGUCACAGAUCUGGGUUGCGUGAGGUGCUUUGCGAGGCACAGUGUUACCGGAGGAACCAUUCAGACAUGGAGGCUGAUACAGACAGCUGGUCUGUCUAUAGCGCAGAUUCUCUGGAGCAGCAUUAUAGAAUAGAUAACUCCGCCUUCGACCGUCAUUCCCGCCGUCAUACCCGCAACAGGCCUGACCGAUCGGUAAUGCGUUUGAAGCGAAUGAAGAGGAGGGCGUGGCUUUUCUGUGUCUUUCCUUACCUGGAUACACACUCGCUCCUCACUGCUGCGCAGGUGUGUAAGGAUUGGUGGUGUGUUGCCCGUCACCCUGCAGUGUGGACUAGAGUGACAUUAGAAAAUGAUCGCAUUUCAUCAAAGUUUAUGGUGACUAUUGCUCAGUGGUGUAGCCAGACACACACUCUCAUCCUGCGCCACCUAAAGCCUCGAUCGCGUGCCAAGAAAGAGAGUAAAGAGGAGUAUCUGAAGAAUACAAGAGGGUGUCUGGAGGAGGGGAUGGAGGCGGUGCUAAGUGCAGCAGGGCGGAGUCUUGUGUCUUUGACCAUCACUCAUUGCCCAAAUAUUUUGACAGACAGGACGCUGUGGCUCGUCAGCUGCCACUGCAGAGCUCUACAGGCACUUACUUAUAGAAGCUCAUCUGAUCCUGUGGGUCAGGAGGUGAUCUGGGCUUUAGGUGCAGGAUGCAGAGACAUUAUCAGCCUUAACAUCGCUCCACUGCAGCCAUGCCAGCAGCCCAGUCGCUUUAGUAACCGCUGCUUGCAGACGAUUGGUCGAUGUUGGCCUCACCUGCAUCAGGUGGGAGUGGGCGGAUCCGGCUGUGGUCUUCAGGGAUUAUCUUCUUUGGUGAGGAACUGCUCUGGGGUCUGUGUGUUGGAGUUGGACCACAUGAGUGAGAUGAGCCAGCAGGGGGCAGCAGAGCUAUGCAGGGGAGGACUACAGCAGUUACACACACUCAUCUUCAGCUACACACCUGUUACUGCCAAAGCCAUCCUGCACUUUCAUAGUGCGUGUUUAAGGCUGAAGUGUAUCAUCGUGCUCAUGAGUUCUGAAGAUUACUUUGACAACCCUGAGAGUGAAGAAGCGAAGAGAAUUUUUAACGAGAUGGUCAGCAGCCUGCAGGCGCUGAAGAAGAGACCCGGCUUGUCAGACAUCCUUCAUGUCAGGGUGGACCAGUGUGACAUUCUACCUGGCUCUUAACACACAAACACACACACACACUGCACAUUUUUAGCCCUGACUCAUCCCACUUUGACACUCCUCCUACACCUCUACACACACAUCCACACCAAUACACACACUCACUCUCACACACUGCACUUUAUUUUCCACACUCACACAAAUACACACCUACACCUAUGCACCCUCUCUACACACACAAACACACUAAGCAUUUUAGACUUUGUUUUUCAUACAAAUAUUCAUAACCUACACUUUUACACCCACACAUUGAACACACACAAACAGAACACACACACACACACUGCACUUUAUUCUCCAUACACAAGUACAUACCUACACCUAUGCACUCAUAUAAAAAUAAUAAACAAAACACACACAGGCUUCCAAUUUCGUGCCAUGACAUUUGCCAGUGUUUCCUCGCUGGUGGCGUUUCAUGCUAAACGAGCAUGUUACUAACAGAAAGUUAUAAGUUCUGUAAGACGAUGUAUACGCCUUUACAUAAUGAUAUCACUUAGACUUGAUGAGUUAAUGCAUGCUUCCUGUUUUGUUUUUUCGUUUUCAUUUCAUACUCCGCCUGAUCAACUGUCACGUAUUUUCCACUUUUGCUCCCUUAUGCACAGAUCUGAGAUAUUUCUAGUCUAGUGUUUGAUGACAGAAAACGCAGCUGUCGACUGAUUGGAUAAGACAAGCGCAUAUUA